AUGUCCAAAUCCACCCUCUCUAAUAUAAUGGCUUCGCAACCCAGUCUUGAAGAGCUCCAGAGGUUGCUUGCAGCCGCGACAGCCAAGGUUGAAAAAGCGGAAGCCAGGGCUGAAAAGGCAGAAGUGAAAGCCGAAGAAGCGGAAGCAAAAGCCAGGACGCUUGGAGGAGUUCAUCCGGCAUUGUCACAAUUCACUCUCCCGCCCGCUAAAACCUGGAAAUAUCGGCGACUCCACAAACUGUCUUCGGAGAACCUGCGCUCAGGGCUCCGAUCCAUCGACCUCUAUCGUGAAAUUGUUCAAUCCAACGAUAUCCCUGAAGCCAACAAGGAAAAAUUAAUAUCCAACGCCAUACGACUUGCCGGGUCGGCGGUCAUGCAAGAAUUUCAUGCCAUGAUACAGGAAGGGCUAGAAUACUCAUAUCUGACCACAGGCUUGGGAAACGUGCAACUGUGGGUGCCGUACGAUGACCCAACAACCCUUUAUUACAAAUUCUGCGAGCCUAACCUAGAUAUCGAAACAAACGCCGGAGGCUUUGAGAAUCCAAGGACGGAGAUCCAAUGGGUGCUCUGUCUUUGCUUGAUGAGCUGCCGCUCUCGCGUUCGGGAUCACGGCUGGCGCAAUAGAGCACGAGAAGGUCUGCCGACUUGGGAGACUGAUUUCAAUCACAUACAAUCCCAGAUUCCUUCCAGCGAAUUACAGCAACACCCUCCUGAUUCAGAAUAUACCGGCUCCGAAGCCGCCGAGGAUACUGCCUCUGAAUGCUUGCCCUUAUCUUCCCCGGCUCCGACCACCCCGGGUCCAGUAGCUCCCACACCGUCCCAGUCGGGCUGUGCCCCUUCAGAACCCCAUAACUUUGAAUCGGAGGAUGCUACUGACCCGGAUUUCAUGUUAGGACGAAAACGGGGCUUCAGCCAGGUCACAGCGUCCCCUACGACUGAGAAUCGAGCCUCACCCCCUAGAACUAGUCCACGAAGAGAUUAUGAGGGCCAGUCUCGACCGCAUUUGAAUGAAUUUUGUACACAAUGUGGUCUCUUAGGUCUGCAGCAGGGUGGUGUUCUUGAUGACAAUUGCCCAAAUGUGCAGCUUCAUCACACUGGAACAGACAUGAAUAAGCACCCAAUAGAUGCCCAGAUGUUAGUACUGAUGCUAAAACAACAGUUAGAUAAAGAUCUAGAUAAUAAUUGCAUGUCAAUAGGAAGAAGUGGGUCAUAUGAGGUCUCAAUCAAGAUCACCUCUUCCUUAUAUGGAUACACUGUUAUUGGCUCUGCAGUUACUGUGUUUCUUGGGAAGAUCAACCUGCAUCUGAUACUCUUCGUUCACGGCGCCGGAGACGUUCGUCACAUGCUCCUUAUGGGCUGGGCUGGUGUGAGUAUCAGUGAUGAUGACAUGAAAAAUGAUACCAUCCGAUCCGCUGUGCGCCGGUCUAUUCAUAAAAUCGGGAAACUCAGUGUGCAGCAUGGCGAUCUUCAGUUGCCAAACGUACUCUGGAACAAGGAGCUCAAGCGAGCUCUGAUCAUCGACUUCCAUCGAAGUACUUUGGAUAGCAAGCCGAGGAUCUCGAAGCCGAGCAAGACACGUCAUGAUGUUGAAGGCCAACAACCAUCGAAACGAGUAGGUCCUACCUCGCCUGAGCCGCAGGCGUAA